AUGUGGAAGCUGUUGGCCUGCGUUCUCAUGGCCUCUGUGUUACAGGCGCGUGAUCUACGGAAAAGACAGACAUUAUGCCCGGAUGUGUGCGACCUGUCCCGCUGCUCAUCUGCUCUUGAGUCUUGUUACUUCGGCGUGGUGAAGGACAGCUGUGGCUGCUGUACGAUAUGUGCGGCGGGAGAGGGGGAGUAUUGUGAGGAGCGCGGACAUGGAUUUUGCGGUCAGGGGAUGACCUGUGAAUAUCGCACCUCUGAGCGCGGCACGUGCGUUUGCGACUCCCAUGAGCCAGUGUGCGGCAGCGAUGGGAGAACUUAUCCCAGUAUCUGUCGACUGAAAGCUGAGAACAGACGGGCUAAGAUGAGCGGCAUACCUGCUGUCAUUUUCAUCCAGAGAGGCCCCUGUGAGACCGGCUCUCAAAAUCCAAGCAGCAUGCGCUACAAAUUUAACUUCAUAGCAGAUGUGGUGGAUAAGAUUGCCCCUGCAGUGGUCCAUCUAGAACUGUUUAGUCGACCACCAUUUUCCAACCAAGAAGUCCCUGUGUCCAGUGGUUCAGGGUUUAUAGUGUCAGAGGAUGGGUGGAUCGUCACCAAUGCACAUGUACUGUCCAAUAAGCAACGUAUCAAAGUGGAGCUGAAAAAUGGCAUGCUGUAUGAUGCCUCAAUCAAAGAUGUGGAUCAAAAAUUAGACAUUGCUCUCAUUAAGAUCGACUCAGAGACUCCCCUGCCUGUGCUUUUACUUGGUCGUUCAUCAGACUUGAGGCCAGGAGAGUUUGUAGUGGCCGUGGGAAGCCCGUUUUCCCUUCAAAACACAGUGACCACUGGUAUCAUCAGCACUACCCACCGAGGAGGUCAUGAACUUGGCCUGCAGAACUCUGAUAUGGAGUAUAUUCAAACAGAUGCCAUUAUAAAUUAUGGCAACUCAGGAGGCCCCCUUGUAAACUUGGAUGGGGAUGUCAUUGGCAUAAACACUUUGAAGGUUACUCCAGGAAUAUCAUUUGCCAUUCCCUCAGACCGCAUACGGCAGUUCCUUGCAGACUCCUAUGACAGACAAAGAAAAGGAAGAAUGCUGACUAAAAAGAAAUAUAUGGGAGUGCGAAUGCUUCAACUUUCAGCUGCUUUGAUUAGGGAGCUUAAAGAGAAGGAGAGCAACUUCCCAGAUGUGAGCUCAGGAGUAUAUGUGUACGAGGUUAUUGCGGGGACAGCUGCCUCCAGUGCUGGCUUGGUCAACCAAGAUGUGAUAAUCAGCAUUAACGGACAGCCAGUGCAUUCUACAGAGGACGUGAGUCAGGCCGUGCAGUCGGACGAAAUUCUCUCUUUGGUGGUGCGACGUGCUAAUGAAGAAAUCACACUAACAGUGGUUCCUGACGAAGUGGACUGAGAAAGAUUUCUGUUGCUUGUUUUCAUCCAAACAAUGCCUCUAAACAAUGCAUUAUCCACAAACAUACUUUACUUGAAAAGGACAUUAUAAUAAUAACAUAGUGUCAUGAUAAAGUGUCAAGGCCCAGUGAUGCGUUUUGAUGCAAAUACACAAGUAUUUUAUGUGUAAGAUGUAUUGUUUGUCCCUAUAUAUUCUCCUGACCGAGUUUAAUGCCACAUUUCUGUUAAUAGUAGCAUUUAUUUUGCCAAGUAUCAUGAUAUGGUACUACCAUUCAAAAGUCACUUAUGCUCACAAAGGCCACAUUUAUUUGAUCAAAUUACAGUAAAAACCGAAAUACUGUGAAAUAUUAUUACUAUUAAAUGAACUGUUUUCUAUAUGAAUACAUUUUAAAAUGUAAAUACAAAGCUGAAUUACUCCAGUCUUCAAUGUUACAUAUGCUAAGUUGUGCUGCUUAAUGUUUUUUGUGGAAACCGUGAUAAAUUUUUUCGGAUUCCUUGAUGAGUAGAAAGUUCAAAACAGCAUUUGUAAUAGACAAUCUUACUGACCUCAAAUGUUUGAACUGUAGUGUAUGAUAGUAUCGUUGAAAGCACUUAAUAAAUAACAGCUUGUACUCUUGCAGUGUUUUAAAUUAGAGACUUACAGUGCGUGAAAACAUUGAGGUUGAUGAUCUGUCAGGCUGAAUUCAGUCAUGGUUCAACAUACACACCACAUGUACUUACUACCUGCUGCGUUUUUAAUUGUUUUUAAAUAAGGAAUCAUUUUUACUGCCACACACCAGUCAAACAAGUAUUUUUAUCCAUAUGAUUUUAACAAAACCAAAAAUUGUGAGCACAUGUUGUUUUAAAGCAAUAAUCUUUGAUGUGUUGCAACAUAUUCCAAAGUGCCCCUUUUUUCAGAUGAUCAACUGUUCGGCAGUAAAUAAAUCUCAUACAUAAUGAACAAGAAAUACGCAAGCCACAAAACCUGAAACAGAAAAUUAAUAAAAAAAGCAAAGUUUUUCACCCAA